AAUUUUCGGUCAGUUGCAUUUGGAAACUGCGGCGAGUGGUUACGGGGUUGGAGGGAAAAGUGAUGCGCGUUUUACUCGCGAGAAGCACGCGAAUGUGAUUAUUGCAAAGAAAUAAUAAAAUCGCAGUACCAAAAACAGCAAUAGCACGAUGCGUGAGAAAUUGUGCACGUCGAAUUACUGUCGUAACCCGAAUAAUCGCUUACCGCGUACGUAAGACUCGCUGUUAUUUACGGUCGUGGAACUUCAAGGAUCGAUUGUUAAUUUACAAGGGGAGAACGAAAACGAAAGGGAGCACAAUGUCUCUGAGUGCGAGUGCGGAAAAUUUAACAUCAGAAGGGCAAAAUAGUGAAAGGUGGAAUAUGUGCCUUGAAUUGGCGCUUGAGGGUGAACGUCUGUGUAAGGCUGGAGAUUGUAAAUCUGGGGUAGCAUUCUUUCAAGCUGCAAUUCAAGCUGGUACAGAUGACUUAAGGAUCUUAAGUGCAAUUUACAGCCAAUUAGGAAAUGCUUAUUUUUACCUUGGAGACUAUGUGAAAGCAAUGCAAUAUCAUAAAUUGGAUUUGACAUUAGCACGUAACAUGGGAGACAAAUUAGGAGAAGCAAAGUCUAGUGGAAACUUGGGAAAUACAUUGAAAGUCAUGGGAAAGUUUGAUGAGGCUAUGAUUUGUUGCAAGAGACACUUGGAAAUUUCAAGAGAAAUUGGAGACAAGCUAAGCGAAGGAAGAGCUUUAUACAAUUUGGGGAAUGUCUAUCAUGCUAAAGGUAAACAGGCGGGUAGAGUAGGUCAUCAAGAUCCUGGGGAAUUUUCUGAGGAUGUCAGACAAUGUUUACAACAAGCUGUACACUAUUAUGAAGAAAACUUAGAAUUAAUGAAGGAAUUGGAAGAUUCUGCUGCUCAAGGUAGAGCUUGUGGAAAUUUAGGAAAUACAUUUUAUCUUCUUGGCGAUUUUCAACAAGCAAUUUAUUAUCACAAUGAAAGAUUAAAGAUUGCCAGAGAAUUCGGUGAUAAAGCUGCUGAGAGGAGGGCAAACAGUAAUCUAGGAAAUUCACAUAUAUUUCUUGGUGAAUUUGAGAAAGCUGCACAACAUUAUAAGAGAACUCUCGUCCUUGCACAAGAGUUAGGAGAUAGAGAAGUAGAAGCACAGGCAUGCUAUUCCCUAGGAAAUACGUAUACUCUAUUGCGAGAUUAUCCAACUGCAAUAGAAUACCAUUUGUGGCACCUUGAAAUAGCACAACAGCUUAAAGAUCGUGUAGGUGAAGGCCGUGCCUGCUGGUCUUUGGGAAACGCAUAUGCUGCAAUGGGUAACCAUGAAAAAGCACUACAUUAUGCCAAUCUACAUCUAACCAUUUCCAAAGAAUUGGAAGAUCCAAUGGGACAAGCUACUGCACAAAUGAAUGUCGAUGAUUUACAAAAGAUUCUGGGUUUGGAAAAAGGGCAGCAAGAGAACAAUAAAGAAAAUAUUGCACAAAAACUAUCGACCAAUACUGGUGCAAAUGUUAAUAUAUCUUCACCAUGUAGAUAUAGACUUAGACGACAAAGCAUGGAUAAUCUCGAUCUCAUUAAGCUCACACCGGACGCAAAACUAAAAGAGCAAGCUGAAUCUCAAAUAGAUAAAAGUAAUAACACAACACCACAACUUACUCAAAAAGAAGAAGAUAGUUUCUUUGAUCUUCUAUCUCGUUUUCAAUCUGGUAGAAUGGAUGAUCAACGUUGUGCAUUGAAUAUAAAUCGCAAUCCGAAGUUUAGAACGAUAACACCUGAGGUUUGCGAGUCGGAAGAUAAGGAUGGAGAAGAUUUACUAGAACUGAUUGCUGGAAUGCAAAGUAAAAGAAUGGAUGAGCAACGAGUGACGCUGCCUUACUUACCUGGCCUAAACAGUAAUCAAGAUUCCGACGAUUCCUUUAUCGAGAUGUUGGUUAGGUGCCAGGGUUCGCGUUUAGAAGAUCAGCGAAGCCCUUUACCAGCAGCAUCAACGGUGCACGAUGCUGAAGAGGAACACAACCAAAGAUCUAAUGGGACUACUCAAGCAGGGUCGACAGUGCCUGAGGAGGAUCUUUUCGCUUUAAUACAAAGACUUCAGGCCGGACGAAUGGAAGAUCAAAGAGCCUCUGGUCCUGGCAAAACCUGUUAAAGCAUUAAUAUAUAUAAUUGUGGGAAAUCUCAUGGUAAUGAACCUGCUUGAAAUUCUACGAUUCGUUCCACGCAAUUUCUCGUUGUCUUCUUUUAUGAUUUACGAAACAAUCAAUGCUUAAUUUAUGGAUUCCGCUCAUAGCCUAUGAAAUCAUUGUACAAGUAUGAUUCAGACUUUAGGAAACUGCAAGGUACUAUUAUACCGUCCACUGACAUUGGUUCUUCACUUUAUACGUAGAACAACGUAACGAUACCGUAUUGUUACGAUCAUAGCAUACUGAUUUUGCUAAGCUGAAAAGACUUUUUUUAGCUGCUUGAGUAUCCAUAGUAUGGUGCCAAAUUCUGUAUAUACGAACCUAUGUUGUUCGUGUAACCAAUCAGGAAAUGUUGCACGACAUUAAAUAGAAAUUAACUUUGUAUUAAUAUUUUUGAGAUGCAAGAGUAUUUGUUUUUUAGCUGCGAUUAGAAAGUGACUAAAUAAUUCACGAUAAAAAAAUUAAAUUGAUAACAUUAUAAACACUGCCAGGUUGAGUGUUUGAGUCAUGCAUUUCUUCAAAGAACUUAAAAUGUUAAUCAUGAGCACGGAACGAUGAAGAUUUAUCAAUCCUGGCAUUAUUUUUUCCAUAUUCAGUAUUGUAUAAUUAGAUAUCAAUUAUUUUCGUGAAUUGCGAGGUACUACGUGAUAAAAUUGGUGCCAAAAAGAAUUGAUCUGUUGGAAUCUGAAUAUAUAGUAUAAAAAAGAAAGAAGAAAUUGUUGGUCUUCGUUGUUUGUCUAUUUUUCUGUAUUCACUGUUUUCCCUAUUAUAUAUUGAUAAAUGCAUGUGAAUUAAUCGAAGUUUGUAACACGUAUAAUUAUAAUAAUUUAUAACCAAUGUUACCACUUCUAUUAAUUAUAUGAUGUUGUAACCAG